UGUUGCUGCCGCUUUUCAGGCGUGAGAAAAAUGUUAUCCGCCAGCUCGCGUCGGAGUCUCCAGCAGUAAUUUCAAUUCAAAUGCAAAACUUCAUUAGACAGUGGACCGGACACUUGCCAUAAGUUCAAAAGGUUGUGUGAGCCAUGAUCUGAAGAGUGAAGUCUGAAUUCUGUCUGCACUCGCAUACAUACAAUUUGUACAUGCUUCUCUCAUACACACAGAUAAUGUCGCAGUCUGAAAUGUGCGUAUCCGUCUGGGACUGGUUGAGUGUACUUCACCUAGAACAGUAUUCCGAGGUAUUCAGAAAUGCCGGGCUGGUGACGUUACCGGAAUGCCGGAACCUGACUCCAGAUCAGCUGGACAAGAUGGGAAUCACCCUGCCGGGACACCAGAGGCGCAUCCUGGCCAGCCUGCACAAAACACACCUUCCGCAUGCCAGCACACACAGUGAGACACACCCUGAGAGAGUGGAGGGAGAAAUGGCAUGUCCCAAACCGUUGCCAAGAGACAGACCCGUGCCUGUCCCCCCAGGAGAGAGACCCAAUCUGAAAGAGAGGGAGAGAAGACAAGGAGAUGGAGAAGUGAAGCCUGUACCCAGAGAAAGGGAGAAGCCAGUCCCGAGGGAGAGGGUAGUGUCCCGGCUGAAGGAAGAGAGUAUAGAGACUGGAGAGAGGAAGCCAGUUCCUAACGAGAGACCAGCAACAGUUGGAGCAGGAAAGGAUGGGGAGAGGGAUGGAAGGAUGGAUGGAGAAAAGGAGAAGCCGGUGCCUAAAGAAAGAACCAAGUACCGCACUGCUCCCCCUUUGGAUUUUCACCCAAACCCACUUCUCUCUCCCACUUCAGACCCCCCGUUACCUCCGAUCCCCCCACGGAGCAUGCCGAACUGCCCCCCACAGCGCUUCACCUCCACUCUCAGCCCCUCAUCCCCGUCUCACACCCCUACCUCGCCCAAACUGGACCGCCGUGUGGCUCAAGCCCCAGCUGUCCCGAGCCGAUCCCCCCCACACAGUUCCACCACUACCCCUACACACAGCCCUCUCCACCCUCCUACUUUCCCCCCCCUCCAAACUCGGCCUCAGACGUUAGCUUUUCAGCAGGGAACCGGUGACACAGCGAGGAAAACAUCACCCGUUUCCCCCAUCACCUCCCUUGUCUCCACUUCCUCCUCCUUGUCUUUCUUCUCAGCAGAGACGGGCGAAGACAGGAGUGCACCACCCCUCCCUCCAAAAUCUGGGGCAGGACCAAAAGCCCCUCCACCAAUCCCACGACGGCUUCCUGUGCAGCCUGCCAGGAGUGCUCCCUCUCACAGCCCUCCUCGCAGCAAGACAGCCAUUGAUGAGACGCAGAUAGAGCAAACUCCACACGUCCCACCCCGCAUCAGGACGUCCCAAACAGCAGAGAGCACACAAGAAAAGACGCAGAAACCAGCGCAGUCUGACACAAAGCCGGCUCCAGCUAGGAAGGUCCCCCAGCCUCCUCUUGAGAAAAGGUCAGACUCAGUCAGUGACUCUGAUGACUAUGAGGAUCCAGACUUGUUUUGCCCUAGUGUCCCUCCAAUGAAUUCAUCAGACAAGGAUUUGUUCCUGUCAGUGCCUAGGCAGCCAAAAUGCCGGUACAGCUCUUUGUACAGCGAUGAUGAGCUGCUAGAUGAUGACGAACCAAACACCAACCCUGCUGACUCGUGGCAGGACCUUGGGAUUAACACGGCUCAAGGCAGUGUGUACCUGCCAGCCGCAGGCAGACUGCCCCCACCCACCAAGGAAGAAAAUUCCCAUCAGUCUGCUGUCAUCAAGGCGGGCUGGCUGGACAAGAAUCCACCACAGGGGGCGCUUUAUUACCAGAGACGAUGGGUGAAGCUCGAUGUUGACUACCUGAGAUACUUUGACACUGACAAGGAGGUGUACUCUAAGCGGAUCAUCUCCACAGCCUUCAUCACUAAUGUGAGCAGUGUGGGAGAGCUGAAGUUUGAGGUUGUCACACACAACCGCACCUUCCUCUUCAAGGCUGAGAGUGAAGCUGAGAGAAAUGCCUGGGUGGCUGUGCUGCAGGACUGCACCAAGGGACGCCAGCGCAGCAGCAUCGUGAACCCCCUCUCACCUUUGACCCCAGACUAUCAGGGCUAUCUGGAGCUCAGAGGGCUGCGCUCCAAACUCUACACUGUUGUUGUGUCAGAUAAGGUCUUCCUCUACAAAAACAUGGAGGAUUACCGUAUAGGAGUGGGCAUCACGUCCAUCGAUAUGAAUGUAGGGAACGUUAAAGAGACCGACCGACGCAGCUUUGACCUCACGACACCGUACCGCAUAUUCAGUUUCAUCGCCGAGUCGGAGCAGCUCAAAGACCAGUGGGUGGAGGCCAUGCGUGAGGCCAUAGGUGAGGCCCUGUCCAAUAGUGAGGUGGUAGAGCGCAUCUGGGCGGUGCCGAGCAAUGGCUACUGUGCCGACUGCAGGGCAGUGAAGCCGGAGUGGGCCGCCAUCAACUUGUGUGUGGUGGUCUGCAAACGAUGUGCAGGAGAGCACAGAGGACUGGGUCCAAGCAUCUCUAAAGUUCGUAGUCUGAAGAUGGACAGAAAGGUGUGGACAGAGGAACUCAUACAGGUGUUCCUGUUGCUUGGCAACGAGCGGGUGAACAGCUUCUGGGCAGCGAACGUCCCACCCAGUGAGGCGCUGUCGCCCUCGAGCUGCAGUGAUGAGAGACGCCGUUUCAUCACCAACAAAUACCGCCAUGGCAAAUACAGGAAGUACCACCCGCUCUACGGUAACCAGAAAGAACUCAACAACGCGUUGUGUAUAAAUGUGCAGUGCAGUGAUGUGCUGGAGACGUUAAGCCUGGUCUUCUGCGGCGCCGAUGUGAAUUGUUCCACUGGUGUGGUCGAUUGUCCUUCCCCCCUCUCUCUGGCCAGCGCCCACUCUCAGCCCCUACAGGCUGAGUUCCUUAGCCACAAUCUCAACACAGAGUUGCCACGUUCAGAGGUGGGUGGGGCAAUGGAGGCGGUACAUUACUCAGCCCCGCCCUCUGUCUCCUACAAUGGCUUCCUGUUCAAGACUGGGUCCAUGCAACGGCCCCCAGAGAGCAAGGCCCGUGAGGAAUUCAGUCGUCGAUGGUGCACGCUGAAUGACGGCUGCUUCAGCUACUAUGAGAGCGACAAGAACUCAAACCCAAAUGGAUCUCUGAAGGCUGCUGAGAUAGUCUGUUUGGCUGUCAACACACCCAUGAAACAUGGGUAUGACCAUACCUUCGAGCUGUAUUCGAACUCAGAGCGUCUCUAUCUGUUUGGCACUGAUGACGAAGACAGCCACAAGGAAUGGGUGAAGUCCAUUGCCAAGACCUUCAUCCCAGCCAAUGUGGAGCCUUUACUGAGGUUGAGUUUUGAGCGGAUUGGGCGGCUGAAGUAUAAAGAUGGCUUGAACCUGCAAACACCGAAGGUUGGUUGGUUUGCUCUGGUGGGCUCCACACUUCAUGCCUACCUGGAAGACAGCCAGGGGGAGGAGAUCCACCUCCGCAAACUGCAGGAGCUCUCUAUCCAACAAGACAAUGUGCUGGUGUUGGUGGAGAGAGGCAGGACUCUGUACAUUGAGGGAGAGAGGAAGUUGGAUUUUGGUGGCUGGUGUGCGGCUAUCCAGAGGGCAGCAGGGAGCGGAGGGGACACACUGAGCCAGCAGCAGCUCACAGACAAAGACAUACCAGUCAUAGUGCAUAGCUGCAUCGAAUACAUCACACAACAUGGUCUGACAUCUGAGGGGAUCUAUCGUAAGAGCGGGGUAAACUCGCGUGUGGCUGCGCUGUGUGAGGCUUUCCGCUGCGAUGCGCGGAGCGUCCAUCUGAGGGAAGGAGAGCACCAGGUGGACGAUGUCUCCAACACACUCAAACGCUUCUUCAGGGAGUCAGGGGAGGUUGUGUUCACAUCAAACGCCUCCAGGGAGUGGCUCAGUACUGCUGCCCUCCAGGAGGAAAGUAAGAAAAUCUCCCAGUACCAGUUGCUCUUGAGCAGACUCCCUCGUGUCAACCAGGCUACACUAGAAGCCCUGGUCAACCAUCUCUACUGUGUGCAGCGUUUUUCUGAGCUGAACCAAAUGAACAUCCACAACCUGGCCAUAGUGUUCGGUCCCACGCUGUUCCAGGCCGACGGGAAGGACUACACAGCCGGCCGUGUCAUAGAGGACCUCAUACAGCACUACACACACAUCUUUGAGGUGGAUGAGCAGCAGCUGAAGAGACAGCUGGAUGAGAUCACCGCGAUUAUCAAACUGCAUGAGAAACUCAACAACAAAAUUCCUGGCACUGUUUCAGGGCACUUCAUCUGCACAGUGUAUCUGGAGGAAAAGAACGACACAGCAGAGCAGCAUGUCAAGAUCCCUGGCUCUAUGACAGCGGCAGAGCUAACUUGUGAUAUUCUGGACCGGCGCAAGAUACCGGUAAAAGAGAACAACUACUGGAGCUGCUGGGAGGUUAGCGAGAAGGACGAGACAGAGCGUCUGCUGCACCAUCAGGAGCGUGUCUUACCCAUCUUUCACUCCCUCGGCACCGAUUCUUAUCUGCUCAUCAAGAAACACCUCGCCAUGGAGGCAAUGACCGUCUACCUGGCCAGUAAAGUGGACGUGUCCAAACACGGGAUUAUGAAAUACCGAGAGGAGCGGAGCAUCCCGGUAUUAGGACUGUCCUCUGGAAGCUUCAAUGACAGAUACUUCAUCCUCAGCGCUGGCUCCCUCAGAAUGUACAAAGAAGUCAGGAGUAACCGUCCAGAACGUGAUUGGCCCGUAAAGAACCUAAAGGUCUACCUGGGUAUCAAGAAGAAACUCCGUCCUCCCACCUGCUGGGGCCUGACAGUGGUGUAUGAGAGUAAGAAACAAGAUAAACCGGAGAGGCAGCAGUGGUAUCUCUGCUGCGAUACUCAGUCAGACAUGAGGGAGUGGUUUGCUACUUUUCUCAGUAUCCAGUAUGACGGUGAUGUGUGGCCUGUGGACGGGUUACAGCAGACACGCAUGAGCCGUGUGCUCGAUACUCAUCAUGGUAACGUGUCACUGAUACCGCUGCACGGCAGUGAGAAUGAGAUGCGGAACAGCGUAGCAGCUUUCAGCCAAGACGCACUUGCUCUCCUUAGAGAUGUCCGAUAAUGAACUCGUAGAGUAAGGCAGAUGGCUGGCAGAUGCCCUCUGAAGAUCCCAGUGACAUCAUCAUUCUGCAACCGUAGGAACCAGCAAGACACACUCAGGAAGCACAGACACUGCUACGUGGAGUGUGUCCCACACUGCCGUCUGCUCCUACAAAUAUGGACCAAUAAAUAAACAGACAUCAGUAUCAUAUGUAAAAUGGACCCACACUGGGUUGCUUGGAUCUGCAUCGUUUUUAAGCACAAAUGAAUUUAACUCCAUGAAGUGAUGCACAGUGGCUGCCCACUGGCACCAGCUGGGAGCUGUGGCAUGAAAUGAGACAAAAACGGCCAGCAGUGGCCAAGCAGACCAGAUUUAUGGACCACAGUCGCUCUUCAAUACGUCCUACAUUAUCUCCGGCCCAAAGUGCACCGAGUCUGGCGCCCGCCCUGAAACAUUCCACUGUCGUCAUCGGUCGGCGGCACGUGACAUCACCACCGUGUUGCAUUAUGAGACAGAAGCAUGAACAACGUGCUGAGAGAAAACCACGUUUUAUUUUUGCAGAAAUAAAGAUUUAGUCAGGUUAUGAAGGCACUGGCUCAGAGUGCAUAGCAACUGCCCUUUCAUUUUUAAGGCAACAGAUUUUUGAUCCUUUUUUGUAGAAAAUAGAAGUGUUUGUUUGCAUACAGUUGUAGCUGAUUUUUGACAUGCCUCUAAACCCCUGUCUGCGUUGUUCCCCCAAGAACAAUUAUCAGGACAAUCCCUCAGUUUAAAAUGUUUUGUUGCUAAGCAAAGCUGAAGACAUAGAAGGCUGUAACCUGAUUUUCCACAGGGGCUGAGACUGCGACAAGAGACAGUGAUGGAUGACAAAUCAGUGUCUGGCUCUGUUUUCAUACUUAGUGCACCGUGUCAACCAUAGUCAGGUGGUCACAAUUGUGUGUGUGUGUGUGUGUGUGUGUGUGUGUGUUUGUGUGUGUGUCUGUGUCUGUGUCUGUGGACAUUGGCAUAUGUGUGUGUCUUGUGGAUGUGAGUGGGAGUGGAGUGGAGAAAUAUAUGUGUGUGUGAGGAUGGGGUGGUGGGGUCAGUCUCAGACUCGGGCAAAUUGGAUGUCGGAUAUUUAUGGAAUUUUUAACAUCAAGAGAAGGAUUUGAUUCAACGUUCUCUUGUAUGAUACAUCAACUUUUCGGUUUCCCAUCUUCUGUUAAUCAUAGCUCUCCUUUGCCGUUUUUGCUCUGGCCUGAUCAGUAACCAUGACUGUCCCACUGUGCCCUGCUGCACUCUCUCCCCCUCUCAUUACACACUCCUCAGUGUUGCUUCCUCUCUCUAGGUCAUUUGCUAAAGCCUGUGAUACACAGGUAAUUCUUUGAGGUAAUAUGCAUGAGCGGCUCUGCCAGUGAUUAGAACUGGUGGUACUUAAUGGGUUUCAAAUUGUGGAUGAGUCACUUUGGAAUAACAAAUGUCUCCUUUCUCCCUUAUCUAAAGCCCACACUGAUUUUGUUCCAACAAAAUGACAACCAUACCGCCAUACCUGUCACCAUAUUUUUAUAACCCUUUUUUAAAAAAAAUCAUAACUGUAUAAAAACUGGGUGCACAUGGAACAAAUUUAGGAGCAAAAUCUGAAUUUAUUGAAUCCUCAUUUCUGCAGAAACCUAAUCCAAAUUGUCUUACACAUUCAUGUUUUACCUGCCAAAAGCUGCCAGGUGUUAAAUAUUGCCCAUCUUCACUACUUUGUGGUGUUGCCUGUGUACCGGCAAGUCCCCCUCCCCCGUUGUUAAGUGUACUUAUUUAUUUGGACAGCAGAGGGAGCUAUAGGUGCUAAGCUGCUGAACGCAUCUGCUCCAAAUCCUCUGGGAUGACAUCAUGUUCAGCUAAAAAUUUAGCCUCAGUGUAGAAACACUUUUACCUAUGUUUGAAGUAAGUGUGCGUGCGUGCGUGCGUGCAUGUGUGUGUGUAUGUGUGUGAGAGAGAGAGUCAAGAGAAGACUCUGCUCUAUGUAGAAAUGUAAUUAUGUUUUCUCAUGUCUCAGCUUAUAUUUCUCCUCAUUUUACUGAUCUGUGCAUCUGUGAAACUCUAAUAAACAUAUUCAAACAGU